AUGCGAGGCUGCCUACUUCCCACAAUCUCUCCCAUAAGUCUAACGACGAUGUUCCUGGGCAUGGGCAACGGCUAUGGCUCGGCCUCCACAGAUCUAGACCUACCGCCAUCAAAGAAAAUGCGAGUGGAAUCAUCAAAGAGUGUCCUUGAGGGGAGGGAAGCCCAGAUAGCUGAGUCCAGGUCGCUCAAUGGUACCACUAGCGGCGACCAUGUCGUUGUCAUGGGCCAUGGUGCUGCCAGCAAUACAGCUCCCCCACACGAUGUUUUCGGUAGUGUUGGGCUCAAAGAUGUUUUGUUCGGUGAGGCUACCUUUGAUGACCUGUUCGAGUAUUUGAGGCAUGAUGAUGACUACGUCCCCCUUGAAGCAAUUGACUGUCCUUUGAAAAAAGAAAUCGACUGUCUUCUAGAAGGAGAAAGUGGUCUAGUAGGAGUAAGACCAGAAGAUGUUCUCACUGAGCGGCCUAUUCCUUCAUUUGAAGUCGCCGCCCCAUGCGAGCAGGGCUUAAGGCUGCCCGCAAAAUAUUGGAAGCUGGCUUACGACAUACUCGAGGAGGACUGGAGGCAUUUGGUGCCAUUCGACAUUGCGGGACUGACAGUUUUUGGACUGGCCAAAAAGAUCAAGGAAUGUGAGGGUAACGAAGAGGUUAAUUUUAUGCUGACAACAAGACGUUACACAUUGGAGCGGG